CGCGCGCGACGUGCUCUUCCUCUACGAGGAGAACCGCUGCGGCAUGACCUACAUGUUCGAGUACCCCGAGUACCUGAAAAUAAAAUUACCAAAAAAAACAGCGAGACGUUACCCAGCGUAUGAACUCUAUCUCUAUGGAGAAGGAAAUUAUGCUGAAGCCAACAAAAAUCUGAUACUGACAGGAAUUCCCGUUCUCUUUCUCCCUGGAAAUGCUGGAAGCUAUAAACAAGUACGUUCUCUUGGCUCUAUUGCACUUAGAAAAGCAGAAGAUAUUGAUUUCAAGUACCAUUUUAAUUUCUUCAGUGUCAACUUCAAUGAAGAAUUGGUUGCAUUGUAUGGAGGGAGUCUGCAAAAACAGACCAAAUUUGUGCAUGAGUGCAUAAAAGUAAUCCUUAAGUUGUACAGGGAUCGAGAGUUUGCACCGACCAGUGUUGCAAUAGUGGGUCAUUCCAUGGGUGGUCUCGUUGCAAGAGCCUUGCUUACGCUGAAGAAUUUUAGACCUGAACUUAUAAACCUCCUUAUUACACAAGCCACACCUCAUGUUGCACCUGUAAUGCCUUUAGACAAAUACCUUACCGAUUUUUAUACAACUGUAAACAAUCAUUGGAUUCUGAAGGCCCAAGAUUUAAGGAAUUUAACUACCCUUUCUGUGGCGGGAGGAUUCAGAGAUUAUCAAGUUCGUUCUGGAUUGACUUUUCUGCCAAGAUUAAGUCAACAUGACAGUGCCUUAUCAGUUGUGAGCUCAGCAGUGCCUAGAGCUUGGGCCUCGACAGACCACCUCUCCAUAGUGUGGUGCAAAGAAUUGAUCCUGGCUACAAUUAGAGCUCUUUUUGACCUCAUAGAUGAAAACACAAGGCAGAUAACUGAAAAUCCAAAGAAGAGAAUGUCAGUAUUGAAUCACCACUUUGUGAGACAUCCAGCAAAACUAUUUGAGGAAAAUCCUGAAGCUUUCACAGAACUCACAGGAGCUUUCAUGUGGAUUAAUGUCAAAACCUCCAAAUGGACCUAUUCAGCAUACAAUGAUUCUGAGGGAAAAUACUUCACAUUUCCUCUUGCAAGUCACAGAAAAUCCUACAGUCACAUUUACUGUCAAAAUAGUAUGUUGGACACAAAUAGCUGGAUUUAUGGCUGUGUAAGCAGCAAUUCAUCCAUGUGCCUGGAAGCCAUUGAUUUAUCCUGGAGAGCUGAGCUACUUCCAUCUGUCAAGGUUGUAAUACUGAAACUUGAGGAUUAUCCUUCUUUGUCCCAUAUUGUCAUUUAUGUACAACCCACGGUUGGCAAUAAGUUUACUUUGGACUGUGAAUUCUUCAAAGAGGAUUCCAGAACAGUGCAGCUUCCUGUAACACAUCUUUUUUCUUUUGGGCUUUCUUCAAGGAUAAUUCUGCUAAAUUCAACAGGCUUACUUUACAAUGUACGCCUCCAGCAUUUUAACCAAAUAUAUCAAGCUUUCAAAAUCUAUAUAGAGAGCCAUUGCCAGUUACCCAAAGAAAGAAAACCUAGUGUUUACAGACUUCAUAUACCCUGGUCACAUGAAGACUCAAUAACUGUAGCUAAAGUUCCAUCUUCUACUGAGAUCUCGGCAAAACUGCAGAGUGCACAACCUGAAAAUGAAAGCAGUGUUCCAGUGUUAAAUAUUUACUCUUCCUCUGACUGUCAGUAUGAGGUAAUCCUGAAGACAUCACUUUUACAGAUUCUUGGGCAAAUAAUAAGGUUCCAUGGCUGUUCUCUCCCUGUCUAUGUUGUUGCUAAUAUUCUUCUCACCUAUGGGGGCCAAUUAAACACACUGAUAUCAACAGGCCAUUGUUCAGAAUUUCCCCUCGAACUCGUUAGGACAGCUAAACCCUACAAAGUAGACCCUAUUAUAAGCAUUGUUGUGUUUCUGCUGGGGUUUAACUGGUUUAGAGAGAUAUGGGAUUCACUGUCACUACCAGAGGUGGAUGCUGCAGUACUGAGUAGUCAGGAUGCAUGGUUCCCGCUUGUGUCCCUGAUUCUAUUUCUUUUUGGGACAGGCAUUGCAUACUGGAGUGGUGUAUUUUUCUCUUCAUCUCUGAGACUCUUCUCUUUGUUAUGGUUAGCUCUAAUAAGGCCUCCUGUACUGCAAAAAGAUAGCAAGCUGAUCACACCCCGAAGAGUGUGUGUGAUGGUGUCUCUUGCUUUGGUUAGCUGGACCACUUGUGGUGCAUUCGCAAUACUCAUUAUUUAUCUUCGAUAUGUGUUUAAGGUUAUUAAACUGUAUGCAAGUGUAAGAGCAGAACAAAACGUGCUUGAUGGGGAUUCGGGGCACUCAAAAGAAGCCUCACAGAAUGCCAUUAGACACACAGUCAAAGAAGGGGAUUCAGUAGAUGGUGCAUCAGAAGCAACACAGCCUCUCGGUGACAACAGAACAGUUGCUGAAGAUGUCAACAGUCUUCAGAUGCAUGUAACAACCCUCAGUUUAUUCACAUGGAUUAUGCUGCUCAACUUGCCAUCUUUGAUUUAUUGGCUAAAAAAUCUCAGGUACAAUGUUAGACUUGAUCCUGACCCAUGUAGAUCUACCGCUAUUAUCCUUGUCUCCAUUUUAGAAAUCCUCAUCAAUUCAAGCACUUCUGAAGUGAAAUCAAGUAAACUCUUGAAGAUAGCAGCCAAAGUUCCACUCCCUUUGUCUGUUGCGAUGGUGGCCUUCGGGCGAAUGCAUUUAUACAAAGUACCCCACUUUAUCACUUUUUCUCUUCUUCUACAUGUGUUGUGUUGUAUUGUAUAAUGUUGAUUUUGCAUACAAAGAACAGUGCAGCCUAGAAACGAACAGUGGAGACACGGCAACUUUCAACAAAGAAAUGCCGAGAUUUAUAUAAUCAAUAAUUAACAUGAUUUGGGAAAGACGAUGGAACUGUGAAUAUCUUAUGAAAAUUUAAGAAUGUGUUUCAUGUUGCUUAGAAAACGUCUCAAGGUAUUUAUUUUUCUGACUGGGAAAAAUAAAGUGAAUUAUGUGCGUGUGUAAGCACAUAAAUCUUUGUCUAACAUCUCAAUAUUCUGUUUGCCUUGCAGAGACUUUUGAUAUUUCACUAUACUUCUUUGUUGAAACAGAGUUUUUUUUUAAAAUUCAGUAUGCUGAUACAGUGUGUAUGUUUUGAACUUGCACCUUUUGCAGUUCUAACAUAUGCUGGUUAAGUGCUAAGUUUCAAGCACACUGUGACUAUCGCAAAAACUACAUAGCCAAGUAUACUUUUAAUCAUUUUAUGCUACUCUUAUAAGCUGCCACUGUUGUGUCUGGGUAAACUAGAAUGUACUGCUUCUACAGAACUGUUAAUUCUAGGAAAUGAUUCGUUCAAUCCGUUUAAACUGAACAUUUGUGGGAUAAUUCAAAGUCUUACACAUUUUACUUUUUGUGAGAGUGAUGAUAAUGCUCUGUGUAGCUUUUUAUUCAGGAAGGUUAACAGCAGAGUGG